AUGAUUUUACGAAUACUCAUUUCGAUCUUUGUAUUGUUCUCCCCUUCAAUUUGUUCUUCUGAUGAUUCUUCGGAAACGGUAUCUGUAAAUACGGGUGAAACAGCAACCUUCAUAUGUGAUUUACCCGAACGAUAUUCGAAUAGACGGGCGGAUUUUUAUGGGCCCACGGGACGCUUAUUGGCAACAUCGACCGGUGAAAAUCUUGAUAGCGAUGAUCGUACACGAUUCGUGCUUGAGCAUACAUAUGCUUGGACGUGGAGUCUUAUUUUAUCGGACGUUUCCGACGAUGAUGCAGGAGAAUACACAUGUCGUGUUUCAUCCGCUGAUCGGACAUUGACAAUCAUAAAACGAUUUAAUCUAACCGUUUUGAGUGUUUNAUCUAUAUCGACCGAUAGAAACAAUACGUAUCUCACUGAUGAUCUUACUGAAUUGAAGAGUAAAUAUUCAGAUUAUACUGCAUGGCUUAAAACAUCUAGUGGACAUAGUCGUGGACCUGUCGUGACACAGGCUUUGCUUAAAAACUCGCUCUGUCAAAUGGGUAUCGAUUUAGCUAAAGCCGAACAACUUGUUUCGACAUGUUCAUGGUAUGUGUAUCAAUUUCAAAAGGAUUUAAAAAGCCGCCCCGGACCAAAAGCUCCAUUAGCGCCAUUAGAAAGUAAAACAACGCAUUCAUCUAAGACGAAAACAAGAAAACUUCCGCCAAGAAAAUAUCACGGCGAUGAUUCAUCUUCAACAAUAACUUCAUCGGAUAAAGAUGAUUCUUUCCCACAUAAUGCUCCGACUUCCAUACGUAAUCAUCAUUUCGUUCUACCUGCAAUUCAUGUUUCUGAUCUAUCAACUUCGUCACGUUACCGACAUGUCGAUUUUCACGCUGACCAAACAUCAAGACGUUCACCUAACGUUCCAUCUACUCAUUGGCGCUCAGCACUAAUGAAAACACGAGUGAUCUCGAAACUUCAGCCUAUCUCUCGGAAAUCUUCGAACAAUAGUUCUCCUCUUGAUAUGCAUUCAAAUAGAUCGCAUCGCGGCCUAACUAUCGGUCACACACGUUCCAUUCUUCGUAAGCAAACGAGUUCGUCAUCAUCCGCUGCUUCUACCGAUAUAACUAGUCGAAAAACAGGCAGUCGAAUGUUAACACCAUCAUCGACGAUCAUUGACGAUGUGCCGCUGGGCACUCGUUGUCAACGUUUAUUCGGUGGUAGCGAAUGUUUUGCUCAGAUAAUGAACGAACUUGAACAGCAAACUGACUGUUAA